GUAUUGAGUAAGAAGAGUAGCGCCAAAAUAAGUUGGGCAAAUCAGGUUAAUCACGUUACCCAAAAAAACUUGAAACCAGGAUAAGGAAAGGAAAGCCCAGUCUCUCUCUCUCUCUCUCCCCGCGCCAGCGCCUCCAAAUGUCACUCGCAGCUCCAAGCUGCUGGUUCUCUGCCCUCUCCUCCCGCGCCUCCAGUCACUCCUUAACAUCCCACACACGCAAACCUCAUUCAUUUAUCGCUUUUAAAUCAUCCGAGCAUCCGAAUCAUUAUCCGACAAGAGGGAAAACCAGAAAAUCCGCCCCCGAGAAUGAAGCUAAGAUACAGAAAUCUCGACGAAGUCCAAGUGAUGAAUAUCCUCCUUCAAAUGCUGAAGGAAGAAGUACUAGGGUUACAACAGGACAAACCCAGCCGUCAUCCCUCAAGUCAUUCGGCCUACAGAAGAAAGGGAAAAAGGGAAAUGUGAUUGACUCAGUGGAAGAACAGGUAGAGACAGGAAAUCUUCAAGGUGCUGCUUUCCUCAAUGCUGUUGUCAAGGUUUACUGCACUCACACAGCACCAGACUAUUCCCUACCAUGGCAGAAGCAAAGACAGUAUGCAAGUACUGGAAGUGCUUUUAUGAUUGGGGAACGGAAGAUUUUGACAAAUGCUCACUGCGUGGAACAUGAUACACAGGUGAAAGUGAAAAGAAGAGGAGACGACACAAAAUAUGUUGCAAAGGUUCUCGCAAGAGGAGUUGAAUGUGACUUAGCUCUGCUUUCUGUUGAAAGCAAGGAAUUCUGGGAAGGGGCUGAACCAAUUCAUCUUGGAAACUUGCCUAAUUUGCAGGAUGCCGUAACUGUUGUCGGAUAUCCACUUGGAGGAGAAACGAUAUCUGUGUCUAAGGGUGUGAUAUCAAGAAUUGAGGUGACAUCAUAUGCUCAUGGGUCUUCAGAGUUACUUGGUAUUCAAAUUGAUGCAGCUAUAAAUCCUGGUAAUAGUGGUGGUCCUGCAUUCAAUGACCAAGGAGAAUGCAUUGGAGUCGCGUUUCAGGUAUACAGAUCUAAUGACGUUGAGAAUAUUGGCUAUGUGAUUCCAACGACAGUCGUGUCACAUUUUCUUGAAGACUAUGAGAAAAAUGGAAAAUACACCGGUUUCCCUUGUCUUGGAGUGCUGUUGCAAAAAUUGGAGAAUCCAGCUCUAAGGGCAUGCUUAAAUGUUCCAACCAAUGAGGGUGUACUUGUGAGGAAAGUUGAGCCUACUUCCCCUGCCAGUCAUGUGCUGAAGGAGGGCGACGUCAUUGUGAGCUUUGGUAAUAUCCGUGUUGGAUGUGAGGGGACAGUACCUUUCCGGUCAACUGAGCGCAUUGCAUUUCGCUAUCUUAUCAGUCAAAAGUUUACUGGUGACAAAACCGAACUUGGCAUUAUCAGGGGAGGACAAUCUAUGAAAGUUCAAGUUGUUUUGAAUCCACGAGUGCAUCUGGUCCCAUAUCACAUUGAAGGAGAUCAGCCGUCAUACUUAAUCAUAGCUGGUUUGGUGUUUACAUCCCUUUCAGAGCCUCUGAUAGAGGAAGAAUGUGAAGAUGAUAGCAUCGGGAUGAAAUUGUUGGCUAAAGCACGAUACUCUAUGGCGAAGUUCAAAGGAGAACAGAUCGUGAUUCUAUCACAGGUAUUUGCAAAUGAAGAAAACAUUGGAUAUGAAGAAAUAUGCAACGAGCAGGUUUUGAAGUUGAACGGCACUUGGAUUAGAAAUAUUCACCACCUGGCUCAUCUAGUUGACUUUCUAGGAAUCACAACUGUGGCCUGCAUGUCAUUUGUAUCAGCUUGCAAGGACAAAUAUCUAGUCUUUGAAUUCGAAGACAACUUUUUGGUCGUUUUGGAGCGCGAAUCAGCUCAAGCGGCCUCUACCAGCAUCCUCAAAGGCUAUGGAAUUCCAUCCGAAAGAUCUCCUGAUCUAAUGGAACCAUAUUUGGACUCUGUAGGACAGAAUGAAGCUGCAGAUCAACGCGAGUUUGGUGACGGUCCCAUUUCAAGUUCAGAGUUCGGGUAUGACGGCCUUCUAUGGGUGUAAACUUUCUACUCUGCUCACCAUCAUUUCGAAUUUAUAUGACUUAUUAUUCAUGUUCUUACCACGAUUGUUGCAUUAUUAUGGGGAACUAUUCUUUUGGAGAGUGUAGGUAUCUAUAGUCACACCCUCUAACCAUUUGAUAGAACAUUAGGUUUUUCCCCUCUUUUUCUAUUUGUAUCUUGUUUAUAAUUGUGCUCUGGCUUGCACAAUAUUAGUUUGAAUAGGAUAAUGUAUUCAAUUCUUCUGUUCUGUACUACCAAAUAAAAUUUCCAAAAUUUUGAAACGUA